AUGGCGCGGGCCCUACGAAGUACGAAAAUGGAGUUGCUCCGGCGGUCCUCGAUUGCACUGGUCAUUGUGGCGUUAAUGCAGAAUGCAUACCUCGUCUUUGGUGCUGCUCAGGGCGAACAGGACGACCCAGUGGAGGAAAGCAAUUCUUAUAUAUUGGAUAAAGAUCUACCCAAAUUUGGUGAGCCCAUUCAGAAUUUAACUGUUCCAGUUGGAAGAGAGGCAGUACUCACGUGUGUAAUCAACAAUCUUCAGACGUACAAGGUCGCGUGGCUUCGCGUGGAUACUCAAACAAUCCUGACGAUCCAAACGCAUGUCAUCACGAAAAACCACCGGAUGACCAUAGCGCACGUUGAGGGCCGAGCCUGGGUGUUGCGGAUCCGUGAUGUAAAGGAAUCCGACAAGGGUUGGUACAUGUGCCAGGUCAAUACAGAUCCGAUGCGCAACCAAAUAGGAUACCUGAAUGUCGUAGUUCCACCGAACAUACUGGACUAUCCCACCAGCACCGAUAUGGUCGUCCGGGAGGGAAGUAACGUAACGUUGAAGUGUGCCGCAUCCGGUUCACCAACUCCCACCAUCAUGUGGCGUCGAGAGGGUAACGAGCCCAUCAGCGCAGGAGCAACCAGCCUGAACAGCUCCACCUUUUCCAUUUCGCGAGUUAAUCGACUGCAUAUGGGAGCAUAUUUGUGUAUCGCGUCCAACGGUAUCCCGCCAUCGGUUAGCAAGCGCGUCAUGUUGAUUGUCCACUUUCCUCCGAUGAUCUGGAUACAAGAUCAGCUUGUAGGAGCCGCCCUGGGACAGCGCUUGACUCUGGAGUGUCAAUCCGAGGCAUACCCACGCUCCAUCAAUUAUUGGAUGAAGAAUGACACCAUCAUCACGCAAGGUAAGCACUUCGAACCUUCGAUUAAGGAGAUCAACAGCUACAAGGUGGUGAUGAAGCUCACAAUCAAAGACAUCGCCAUCGGUGACUUUGGAACAUACAAAUGUGUGGUAAAGAAUUCGCUCGGUGAAACUGAUGGCUCAAUAAAGGUUUACCACAUUCCGUCAACCACCACGAUGGCUACGAGUCCUCCAGCAACGACGACGGUUGCAACCACCACGGAAGCAGUCUAUCGAAAAAAUAACAAAAACAAAAUCUAUCGUCCACCGUUGGACGAGUUUUCUUCAUCUUCGAACAAAAUCACGGGGACCAGGGAUAGCUCCGAGACGUGGAACGUUGAUGGAACGGUUGACAAAGAUCGUGAUCAUCGUUACAGGGACAAUGGCGCCAACCUCAGCGAGGACCAGCGCGAGAAAGAAGCCUUCGUCGAUACGGAAGGAAACUCUCGAGCGUGUCUCCACCGUUCACCCACCGUUGGGGGUGUCUUGAUGAUGAUCUGCGUCUCUUACUUGCUAGUGGCAUGUACAACAGCCCACAGGUGAUUGUCAUAAGCCAGAGAAGCCAACCGUUUUGGCAUGAAGAAGCAAGCAAAAUCCAAAAAUAAAGCAGCUACAUUAUUUAAACAUAGAACAAAUAUUGCGAGACUUUCAUGACGUAGGAAUCAGGCCAAAGGGGUUAAAUGAUGUUCGGAGACAAAGAAAGUGCAAUUGGCGCUUGCACCGAACAGGCGGUCAAAUUGACGAGCCGAAAACAAGCAGCUUGCUUGGAGAGAAAAAACACUGUUAAAAGCUGAAAAUGUAACAAAGUUUUUUUUAUAAUAAAAAUGAUGAAAUUGA